AUGCCGUAUGGGACCUCCUUCCCAGACGUCGACAUCCCCAAGGUCGACCUCUGGAGCUUCCUCUUUGAUCGGGGCAGCAAGCCCUUUGCGGAUUCAAAAGGUAAGACCAAGUAUACCGGGACCGUUUUGGUUCGCCUGCUCCUGUCGGCCGCUAACACCCAAACAGAGCUCUUCACAGACGGCGAGACAGGCCGCACACACACCUACGCCUCCCUGAGGCAGCAGUCCGUCGCCUUUGGCCGCGGCCUGCGCGCCCGCUGGGGCUUCCAGCCCCGCGACGUGCUCGGCUUCUACACGCCCAACAACAUCGACGUCCCGCUGCUGACCUGCGGCCUGCUCUGGCUCGGCGCCGUCGCCUCGCCCGCCAACCCGCUCUCCACGCCCAAGGAGCUCGCGCGGCAGCUGCGCGACAGCGGCGCCAAGGGGCUCGUCACGCAGGCCGCGCAGCUGCCCAACGCGCGCAGGGCCGCCGCCGAGGCCGGCAUCCCGGCCGACCGCAUCAUCCUGAUCGGCGACGAGCGGCGCGACCCGGAGGGCAAGGCGGUGCACUUCUCGGAGCUGCUGCUGAGCGGCGGGGACGGCGAGGAGGAGGCGCCGCCGGCGAGGGCGGCGGUCGACCCGGAGAAGGACCUCUCGUUCCUGGUGUACAGCUCCGGGACGACGGGGCUGCAGAAGGGCGUGUGCCUGAGCCACUAUAACAUCGUGGCCAACAUCAUCCAGAUGACCGCCACGGACGGCCAGUACCUGACGCCGUAUGGCGGCACGGACGGCAAGGGAGACAAGAUGCUGGGCGUCACUCCCUUUUUCCAUAUCUAUGGCCUGAGCUGCUGCCUCUUCACCGGCAUCUACCUGGGCUGGCAGCUCGUCGUCAUGGCGCGCUUCGACAUCGAGCGCGCCUGCCAGCUCGUCGAGAAGUACCGCCUGACCUACGCCUACAUCCCGCCGCCCGUCGUCCUCGCCUUCGCCAAGCACCCGGCCGUCGACAAGUACGACCUGACCUCGCUGCGCGUGCUGCACUCGGGCGCCGCCCCGCUGACGGCCGAGCUGACCGAGGCGCUGUGGCAGCGCCUGCGCAUCCCCGUCAAGCAGGGCUACGGCCUGUCCGAGACGUCGCCCGUGACCAACGUCCAGCUGCCCGACGAGUGGGCCAAGUUCAUGGGCUCCGUGGGCAAGCUCGUGCCCAACAUGCAGGCCAAGAUCGUCGACCUCGAGGGCAACGAGGUGCCCGAGGGCCAGGAGGGCGAGUUCUGGGUCAAGGGCCCCAACGUGUUCCUGGGCUACCUGAACCAGCCCGACAAGACGCGCGACACCUUCUCGCCCGACGGCUGGUUCAAGACGGGCGACAUCUUCCGCCGGGACAAGCACGGCAAUUACUACUGCGUCGACCGGCUCAAGGAGCUUAUCAAGUAUAAGGGCUUCCAAGUCGCGCCCGCCGAGCUCGAGGGCCUCCUGCUCGGCCACCCGGACGUCGCCGACGUCGGCGUCAUCGGCGUCCAGGACCCGGAGCAGGCCACCGAGGUGCCGCGCGCCUACGUCGUGCUGUCCCCGGCGGCCGCGGGCAAGGCGGCCGCGGCCUCCGCCGCUGCCGCCGCCCUCGACGCCAAGGCCAAGGAGAUCGCCGAGUGGGCGGCGGGCCACACGGCGCCGCACAAGAAGCUGCGCGGCGGCGUCGUCUUCGUCAAGGAGGUGCCCAAGUCGCCGAGCGGCAAGAUCCUGAGGAGGGAGCUGCGGGACCUGGCCAAGAAGGAGGAGAGGAAGACGGCCGGGGCUAGGCUGUGA